GGGUCACGGACAUACACCCAACUGUUCCCAACCCAUAUACUCUCUUGAGCUCCUUGGCACCCUCCAGGGUCUGGUAUACUGUACUAGAUUUAAAGGACGCCUUCUUCAGUCUGCCGCUGGCACCCCAGAGCCAACCCUUGUUCGCCUUCGAGUGGCAUGAUCCGGAGGAGGGCUACAGUGAGCAACUCACCUGGACACGGCUACCUCAGGGAUUCAAAAAUUCACCCACCAUCUUCGACGAGGCACUACACGAGGACCUGGUAUUUACAGACACCUUCUCUGGCUGGGUGGAGGCAUACCCAACCAAGCAUGAAACGGCUCAGACGGUGGCUAAGAAGCUACUAGAAGACAUUUUACCCAGGUAUGGUUUUCCUGCCAUGGUAGGAUCAGACAAUGGACCAGCUUUUAUCUCGCAGGUAACACAGGCAGUAGCCAAGGCGGUGGGGGCAAACUGCAAAUUGCAUUGUGCUUAUAGGCCCCAGAGCUCAGGACAGGUAGAAAGAAUGAAUAGAACCCUAAAAGAGACCCUUACCAAAUUAACCAUGAAGACCAGCGGGGACUGGGUGACUCUCCUACCGUACGCCCUUUACCGAGUUAGAAACACUCCUUACACUCUGGGUUUUACUCCCUACGAGAUCAUGUUUAGCAGGCCACCCCCUAUUAUUCCCAACCUUCUUGCUGAGUUUAAAGAUCAAGAACUUUUUCUUUCCUUGAGAGGGCUCCAGAGGGCGCACGAGGACAUUUGGCCGCACCUCCGUGCCAUCUACGAGGCUGGUCCGACCCUGACACCUCAUCAGUACAGGCCGGGAGACUGGGUCUACGUCAAGAGGCACCACCGAGAGACCCUUGAGCUGCGCUGGAAGGGAUCCUACAUCGUGGUGCUGACAACCCCCACCGCUCUCCAAGUUGAUGGCAUCACGACCUGGGUCCAUCACACCCACGUUCAGCCAGUGGACCCCUCCUCGAUCCGGAAGGACUUAAUGGGGCGUCAUGAAGGACGUGAUGGGCCGUCAAUCGGGACCAACACAACCCGCUAAGCUCAAGCUACAGCGCAUUUGACCCACCUAAUAUUGGUAACUCUGUUAACUCUGCUUGUCAUUGCUCAUGCUGCCGGGAGUCCCCACGCCCCCCAAAACAUCACCUGGCAGAUCAUAGACACCAGCUCAGGGACAAUACUUACUCAGACCUCCCAGAGCCACCCCAGGGACACUUGGUUCCCAGAACUUUGCGUAAACCUCCAAACUCUGUUCCCCUUGUCACCAUAAAUGCAGCCGGUCCCAUGAUUGGGUCUGUAAGCUACAUGACAAGGGGGGAAUGAAAGGGUGGGCCUACGCUGGCCAACUCCAUCUUGUUCUGUGUCCUUCACCUUGACCACGCCUCCUCCCCUUGAGUAACCUCCCGCUCACCUGCCUAACAGGACUCCAACCCUUCCCCAGCCAAUCGGCUGAGGCCACAGCCAUUACCUCACCAACUGCCCCUAGACCCCAAUAAAACCUUUGUCCUUUUGAAACUCGCUCUCUCUCCCCGGUAUCUCACUGCUGCGU